CACGGGAAGAGGACAAGCAACCAGCUGCAAUUAAAAUAUACCCUUCACUGGAAAAGAGGUUUAUGGACUAACACAAGAGCCUCUCAAGAGAAAUUAUUUCAGGACGACAGAGAUCCAGAUCCUCAUUUUCUCUUUUCUCUUCUGUGGCAAAUACUUGGCUGAAUAGAGAUGGGUUGGAACAGCAACACUUCCAUCGGUUUUAUGUUCAUCCUGGCUUUUCUAUCCAUUUUGAAAAUAGCAGGUUUCUGGAACAGCAGCACAUCCAUGGUUUUAGUGUUGAUCCUGGCUUUUCUCUCAAUUUUGAAAACAUCAGGUUUCUGGGACAACAACCAAAGUCAGAAUUUUCCUCCAGGUCCAAGACCAUUACCUAUAAUUGGAAACCUUCUUUUAUUUGACUUGAAGAGACCCUACAGGACUUAUCUAGAGCUGUCUGAAAAAUAUGGUCCAGUCUUCAGUGUUCAGAUGGGGCACAGGAGAAUUGUAGUGAUUUCUGGCUAUGACACAGUGAAGGAAGCGCUCGUAAACCAGGCAGAUGCAUUUGCAGAGAGACCUAAAAUCCCAAUCUUUGAAGAUUUGACCAAAGGAAAUGGGGUUGUUUUUGCUCAUGGAGAAAACUGGAAGGUGAUGCGAAGAUUUACCCUCACAGCCUUACGAGACUUUGGGAUGGGCAAAAAGGCCAUUGAGGAUCGAAUUGUGGAGGAGUACGGGCACCUGGCAGACACCAUCGCCUCACACAAGGGAAAUCCCAUUGAUGCCAGCAAAAUAAUUAAUGCAGCUGUUGCUAAUAUAAUUGUGUCAAUAUUGCUUGGAAAACGAUUUGACUACAAAGACUCCAGAUUUCUGAGACUUCUAAAUCUGACCAAUGAAAACAUGAGGCUUGCUGGGAAACCUUUAGUUACGAUGUACAAUAUCUUCCCAUACCUUGGUUUCCUCCUAAGGGCUAACAAGGCUCUCCUCCGAAACAGAGAUGAAUUCCAUGAUUUUUUGCGAGUUACUUUUGUAGAGAACCUCAAAAACCUGGACAAAAAUGACCAAAGAAGUUUUAUUGAUGCUUUCCUCAUUAAACAGCAGGAGGAGAAAUCCACUACCAAUGGGUAUUUCCAUAAUGGCAACUUGCUGAGCCUGGUGGGCAAUUUGUUUACUGCUGGUGUUGAGACAAUUUCCACCACAUUAAACUGGGGCUUUCUGCUGAUGCUAAAGUACCCUGAAAUCCAGAAAAAGGUCCAAGAAGAGAUAGAGCAAGUGAUAGGGUCCAACCCCCCACGGAUCGAGCACCGAACUCAGAUGCCAUACACAGAUGCUGUCAUCCAUGAAAUUCAGAGGUUUGCCAAUAUCCUGCCACUGGAUCUGCCUCAUGAGACUGCUGCAGAUGUCACCCUCAAAGGUUAUUUCAUUCCCAAGGGAACCUAUGUCAUCCCUUUACUGACCUCAGUCCUGAAAGACCAGUCGCAGUGGGAGAAACCAGACAAGUUCUACCCUGAGCACUUCCUUGAUGCCAAUGGGAAAUUUGUGAAGAAAGAUGCUUUCCUGCCUUUUUCAGCAGGGCGGAGGAUCUGUGCUGGGGAGACUCUUGCUAAAAUGGAGCUCUUCCUCUUCUUCACCAGUCUCCUGCAGAGGUUCAACUUCUGCCUUCCACCUGGAGUUUCCAGCUCAGACCUGGACCUCAGCCCUGCCAUUUCAUUUAAUGUCAUCCCCAAACCCUAUAAAAUGUGUGCUGUAGCACGUUCCUAGAGCUCUAAUCAGCAUCCAUUUCUAAAUGUUUCUAAAAUGUUUAAAUUAUCCUUUCAUUACAUCUGUUUUCUUAAUUCUUUGACCAAAACAAUCCAUAUUUCAAUUACGGUUUCCAGUAGUUCUAAACCAAAGUGGUGUUCCUUUGUUUUUUCUUCACUGGGAGAGGACAUAAAUGGACCAGAAAUGUAAUGCACCCCCCAUCCCUGAGUGGGCAUUCCUGCAUAAGGAAAAGGGUUUCAGCUUACCUGAAACAUGUAAGGAAACCAAACUAGAAAAUUCUGUGUCUUCCUCUUUGUAAUUGACUCAAUGCCAAGAGAGAAGCACCUGUUGGACCUUGUCACUGUCCUUCAAAGUCUGUACCUUUCCCCACUGGCAAUUAGCCAGUAGAACCCACCUAGACUGUUAAAUAAAGAGACUACACAAAGGAACCAAAGGGCUUUCAGGACUGCCUUAACAGUGUUAGAAUGCUCUCUAUGCUGUGUUCGACCUGCAUUUCUGUAUCUGUUUAUUAUUUCCAUUGAUUAUUAAAACCUUUUAUUUUACAAAGCAUGUCUGGAGAUGUUGGUUACCUAUAUGAUUUAAGCCAUUUUUCCUAACAGGGUUGGACCCUCGGAGGUAUUGGAAACCCCAAUACAGAAGUGUGAAGUAAUUGGUGGCUCAUGGAUUGAUCUCUUAGUUCACCUAA